UGUAGGUUCUGUACCAGAAAGUUCAACCCUGCAUCCUUGUCCAGACAUGAAACGAUUUGCAACAGCGUCUCUUCGAAGAAACAUCGUCUCUUUAAUUCCCAGAAACAAAGGAUCUCUGGCACAGGCAUCGGUUCAGUCAGGUCAUCUAACGCACCGAAGAUGAGAGUCGGCGGUACAACAAACUGGAGGCAACAACAUGAGGAUUUCAUCACAUCCAUCAGAUCGGCCAGGACAGCUACAGAUGCCAUUGCGAAGGGUCUCCCUCUCCCACCCCCACCACCCCCAAGCAUCAAUCCAGAUUACGUGGAGUGCCCAUACUGCCUGAGGCGUUUCAAUGAAACCGCAGCCCCCCGUCACAUCAACUUCUGCAAGACCAACACUAACCGCCGGGUGCUGGCACGGCCCAGUCCCCAGCCGUCCACCUCCUACAUCCCCCCGCAAGCCUCCAACAUGCCGUACGUCCAGAUGGCAACCAAGCACGUCACCAACCCAGGGAUGGCCUCACAAGUCCCUGCCCAGUCUUAUCAGCAGCCGCCUUCUCAGUCUUAUCCACAGUCUUCGCCCCAGUCCUACCACCGGCCCCCUUCCCAGUCCCACCCACAUGCCCCUCCCCAGUCCUACCACAGGCCCCCUUCCCAGUCCUACCCACAGUCCCCUUCCCAGUCCCAGCCACAGGGCCCUUCUCAGUCCUACCAACGGCCCCCUUCCCAGUCCUACCCACAGUCCCCUUCCCAGUCCUACCCACAGUCCCCUUCCCAGUCCCAGCCACAGGGCCCUUCUCAGUCCUACCAACGGCCCCCUUCCCAGUCCUACCCACAGUCCCCUUCCCAGUCCUACCCACAGUCCCCUUCCCAGUCCUACCCACAGUCCCCUUCCCAGUCCUAUCCACAAUCCCCUCCCCAUUCCUACCCACAGCAACAGACAUCGAGAGUACCGAUGCCGAGCUACCCUGUGAGAGGGACAGUGACCAGCGCGGCACGAGCAGCGGUGAACACCAACCAAAUGCUAAUGUCAGUAGGAAGAAAUGACGUGCCAUCCAGCAGUGCCAUGAUGCAUGCCACCGUGAGAGGCAUUGUGAAAACUCCAAUGGGUCAAGAGUCACAGUACAGGAGGCAGUAACCGGCUCGGUAUUGCACGGUUUUGCGGUUCGCUGCUGUGUCCCUGCUGACUUACCAUCAACAGCUUCUCGUUUGAAACUCCAGCCCUCCCCCAACCAAGACAAAAUAAAGCGAAAUGAAAAUGUGCUCCACCUGUGAUCAGAGCUCUCUCUCUCUCCACCUCCUUGUUCUAUUUGACCACUCCGCUGCCUGCGACAGUCAAGAGCCGGCACAGACGUGAUAAUAAU